AUGGAUAGGGGAUAUCGUUUUUUCAUCAUCCUUUCAACAAUCUCAUUGUUUGCAGAGACAAUUGAUUCUCAAACACUAGAUCGUCAUAGUUUUCCUGAUGGUUUCAUUUUUGGAACGGCUGGUUCUGCAUAUCAGUACGAAGGAGCAACAGAUGAAGGUGGAAAGUCUCCAACUGUAUGGGACCACUUCAGCCACACUUACCCAGAGAGGACCAAAAUGCAUAACGCAGAUGUAACGAUUGAUUUUUAUCACCGCUAUAAGGAUGACAUCAAAUUGAUGAAGGAACUAAACAUGGACGCUUUCAGAUUUUCAAUCUCGUGGGCCAGAUUAAUUCCCAGUGGAAAGCUAAAGGAUGGAGUGAACAAAGAAGGUGUAAAAUUCUACAAUGAUCUUAUCGACGAACUUCUUGCUAAUGACAUACAACCUUCAAUGACACUAUAUCACUGGGACCAUCCACAAUCUUUGGAGGACGAAUAUGGUGGCUUUUUAAGCCCUAAAAUUGUAGAAGAUUUUCGAGAUUUUGCAAAAGUUUGUUUCGAAGAGUUUGGAGAUAAAGUUAAGAUGUGGACAACGAUCAAUGAACCAUACAUAAUGACUAUUGCGGGUUACGAUCACGGUAACAAGGCGGCUGGACGAUGCUCGAAAUGGGUAAACGAAAAGUGUCAAGCUGGUGAUUCGAGUACUGAGCCUUACAUUGUUUCGCACAACCUUCUUCUAGCUCAUGCUGCUGCUGUAGAUGAAUUCAGAAAAUGCAAAAGAACUUCAGAUGAUGGUCAAAUUGGUAUAGUUUUGUCACCAAGAUGGUUCGAGCCUUAUCAUUCCGACUCCACCGAUGAUAAAGAAGCAGUUAAACGAACUCUUGCUUUUGAAAUUGGAUGGCAUCUUGAUCCAGUGAUAUACGGAGAUUAUCCAGAGAUAGUGAAAAAAUAUGCAGGAAAAAAGUUGCCUUCAUUUACCGUGGAACAAUCAAACAUGUUGAAAAAUUCAUCAGAUUUUGUCGGAAUAAAUUACUAUACAGCGCGUUUCGCUAGCCACCUUCAUCACAUCGACCCAACAAAGCCUCGGUUCAAGACUGAUCAUUACGUCGAAUGGACAGUGACUAAUCACAGUGGCCACAUCAUCGGACCUGGGGAUGACAGAGUCAAAAUAUUGUCAUACCCGGAAGGCUUGCGAAAAGUUUUAAACUAUGUCAAAGAUAGAUACAACAACAUGCCGGUCUACAUUAAAGAAAAUGGAAUCAACCAAAUGGACCAUGGUACAACGACAAGAGAAGAGAUUCUUAAGGACACAAUUAGGAUUGAGUAUCAUGACAAACAUUUCCAACAGCUUCACAAAGCUAUAGUGGAAGAUGGGUGUGACGUAAGAGGAUAUUAUGCAUGGUCAUUGAUGGACAACUUUGAAUGGGAGCAAGGAUACACUGUUAGAUUUGGUCUUUACUAUGUUGACUUUGUCAAUGGUCUCAAACGUUAUCCAAAAGACUCGGUCAAAUGGUUUAAGCGGUUCCUUGAUAGAUCAACUGGAGAGACAAAAGAAGAGCAAGUGAAGGAGGAGUCACUUGCCGAUGGGAAUAAGACUCUGCAUGAGCAAGUAGGUUUUGAAGAAUCAGUGGAUUUUUUUGUAUCUUUCAUGGCGGCGAACCAAUCUAAAAGAGAUGAAGAGCAAAAUCGAUGCUCGUAUGAUUCUCCUUAUAGCCGUUUUGGUGUUUUGAAGGAAACAAAGGAUUCAUCAUCAUUUUAUUGA